UGUUAGCAAGCAGCUGUCUAAUUCCACAUGAAGCAGAGCAAUGUUAUACACUUAGAGUUGUGUUUCUGGCCACCUGAUCAAUACAUGGAGAGCUUGUACAAGCGGAAAAUGUUCGCGUCCAUGCGGAAAACCAAAGUGGACGCAUCGAAGAAGCGGCAGAUUGGCCUGCCCGCCUCCAUCCUGGACGACAGUGACGAAGGCUCCUUCACCUCCUCCUCCUCCUCCUCCGGAUCCCAAUCCGACUUCCAGAGCUCCCCGGGGGAGGACACCGAGCAGGAGGAUCGCGGCCGGAGCGAUUCCAGGUCGACUUCUAGCGACGACAGCUGUUCCGUGACCCGCAGAAAGCGCUCGUUCUUGGGAGGCGACAACAGCUCCUCGUCCUCCAGUCCCGGGAAGGAGGACACAACUAAUGAGGAGGAGGGGGACAGGAGCCAGACAAAGAGGAUGGUGCAGCCAAAAAAGCGGAGCAGGCUGCAGCGGCAGGACGAGUCGGACUCGGACCAAGCGGAGGAGAAGUGUGGAGAAGAGGCAGAGAAGGAGAAGAGGAGGCAGAGACACAGCAAGCUGCUGGCGCUGUCACGGAGGAUGAAGGCCCGGGUCCCGAGCCGAAGGAGGAGCCGCCUGAAGCAGGGUGGGGGCGAUGAGGAGUUCAAAGAAGGUGAGGAUGAGGCUGGUGGUGAUGAAGAUGUAGGCGGCAGACAAAUCGGCAACAAACAGGCUGAUGAAGCAAGCGGAGUGGAGGACAAGGGCAUGGAGGAGGUGAUAGAAGAAGAGCAGCAGGAGGGGAAGAAGUAGAUCCACUCCGUGAUGGAGAACAGAGAGUUUGAAUGUGAAGAGCUUAAUACUUAAACCAUGUGAAAAUGACUCAUAACUGUUAGAUUGUAUUGUCCUACAGCAUUUACAAUGGAAAACAAAGACACUAAGAAAUGGAGUUACAAGGUCAUAUUGUGUUGCCAUAGAAACAAAACAUUGGUGACAUGCAACAAAAAGAUGUGCAGAUGAUUUAGACCGGCUCGUUGAUCUUUUAUCACGUGUGUUUUGUGAAGGAGGUAGACCCUGAAAUGGGACACAGCUUUAUAGCGAUUCUGAGAAAAGUGGCUCAUGGAUAUGCAACUCCUGGUUCACUGUCAUAUGAUCAUUCUUAGUACCCUUGCUGAACUACUGACGUAUAUCUUGUCAAGUCAGUUUUAUUUAUACAUCUCAAAGCUAAAUAUCCCUGUUAUUGAUCUUAGAUCGAUGUCAUGACACCCAUGUUACACCGAUAGGUGCAACUUCACACCGGCAGGUGAGCAUGGACGGUAACGGUACAUAUGACGGUAUUUUAGUUGAAUGGGUAGAGCACUGGUAUAGCAACUGCAUGGCAUAAUUUCAGCCAUCCCGAAAUCAAUGUAAACCUACAAUUCUAAAUGUUAUCUUUUUACUUUGCUAUUGUCAUCCAUAGUGGCUAUUUGCAGAAAACACAUAAUUCAAAUGAAUAGAAAAUAAAUUAUAUUUUUAUUGAAAUGCUUACUUUGAUUAAUAAAAACUCUUGGCAUUAGAAGUUAUAAUCAUGUAUUAUACGCUGCUUAGAGCUAGUGUUAGGAAGUUAAACGGGUCAUAAUUCCCUCUUUCAUUUCUAUUUUAUAUGGCUGUGAAAAUAUUUCCUUCAAACUGUAUUAAUUCAAGUUUCAUCCGAAAACCUAAAUUUGACAAGAUAACAUUGAACACAUAUUAGCGUUAUGAUAUACCUUCGCCAAAUGCAAUUUUUACUGAGUACGAAUCAGAUCCAAUUAAGUUAGUUGUUCCAAAUAUUUUAAGGUUGUUUCUACACGACUUAUGUUGGACUUGCAGUUGUGACAAAUUUUGAAUUUGAUGUCGAUGUAAAACUGCGGCGGAGCAACUCAUGUAAAUGUGAACGGCACAAAAUCUGAAAUAAGAAGCAGAUGAGUGACCACCCAUCAUGACCGAUCAGCUGAAAAUGAACCCUAAGCUCUUCUGGUCAGCCCGAUAUAGACAAAAGUUAUGUCAUAAGAAAAAGUCAUACCAGUGUACUUUCUAUACCUUUUCUACCUUCCAUUCCUAGUUUGAAUGCAAAACCAUGAAAGUCUUAACCUGAUUAUUUACAUGUUCUAGUGUUUUUGACGAUAAGAAGCAGCAGUGUUGUCAGCGAUUUGACCAUUUAUGUUAGCUAUGCUAGCAAAUAUUCAUUGUUCUUAAUUUGUUCUGAAAUUACAUUUUUUUUUUAUUCUGUUAAGAGGUUUUAUCUCUCAGGGGACAUCUGUCACAUGCCGUGUAACAAAGUCAUCAACUCACCACUUCCUGGCCUUUUUUCGGAUAUUUCAACAUCAUAUGGUUUUCAAGACCAAGGGAACAACAAAAUAAGUUGUUUUGUCGUGGCUGAAAGCUCCUCAAACAGCUAGUAAGUAGACCUAUUAUUUUGUCACACUACUAUUCCUAAGGCAAAUCAUUUGCUUUCUCAAGCAAAAAAGCAUGUUACUUGGGCUGCUGGCUGCCUGUGGGACGAGACUCUCGCCUGGCUGUAAUAUCAGUACAUAUGCAGAGGACACUGAGCUGAAGAAGGGUUCCUUAACUGUUACAAAAGCAUAAGAAACAUCCAAUGAGAAAGCUUUUAAGUUCUUGUUUAGUUCCUAUCCCCUUUAAUACAGCCUGUUCAAAGUGGGACUAAUGCACCUUUACUCUGCCUUGCUGUUCUGUAUUGAUGGUAUAAAGACUGAAUGGUGGUAUAGAGUUUUUCCACCACUAAGCCGGCAGCAGAGAUAGUCACUGAGCCGAAUUGACGUCUGUAUAAAGGUGAUAGCUGGCAUGGCGGUACUACACCCACACACUAGACACCGGCGCUGUUGUGUAUCUUGUCACGCCUCUUUUGCUCCUUAAA